AUGGGUAAUGAAGGCGGCACUAUAGCCCGGAGGCAGGAUAUCUUGUCGUUGCACAACCUGAAUCAAGCGUCAUCGUCAAAAUCAGCAGCCAAGGGCGGCGGCGGCGGCGGCGAAAUAAGUGAAGACGCCGAGCAGGUCCUACUUCAAACUUGUGCCAUAUCUGGCUUGCCGCUUUACCAAAACAAUCCCAUAGUAGGAGAUUACAGAGGCAAAUUAUACAUAAAGGAAAAAAUACUACAGUACAUGCUAGAUUUUAAACUAGACAAAUCCAAACUCAAAUUACCGUUUCAGCACCUCAAAUCGUUAAAGGAUCUUUGCGCAGUAGCGAUAACGUGGGCGGUAAUUGACGACAUUGCGCACUUUCAAUGCCCCAUCACGAAGGAAUUGGACGACAAGACGUCGUAUUGCUACCUCAGGCCGUGUGGAUGCGUGCUAUCGUACAAGUAUCUCAAAGAAUUGAAAAAAACCAUCGUUAGGGAAACCCUAGACCGACAAGGUCAACAUGAUGCAAGGUGUCCGGUGUGCAAUAAGGAGUUUACCUUUGACUAUGACUUGGUCAUCAUCAACCCCAUGGAUAAUCCAGAUUUCCUAGAGAUCAAUAACGAAAACUACAAACACUUGAAGCACGUGCUUCGUUUGAGCAACGCCAAGGAGCCGCUCAAGAAGAAAAAGAGCAAGCCGCCUGAGCUCGCCUCGGAGGGAAGCUUGUGUUCGACGCUCGAGCUUCCCAAGGAUGAGUUUGUGAGGAAACGGAAACAGCAGGACUUGGACGAAGUUCCCAACGAAACUAAGCGUACGAGAGCAUAG